AGUGCGUUGUCAUGCGUAGCUUGAUUUUGUGUGUAAGUGUGUGUGGUGUGUGUGUGUGUGUGUGUGUGUGUAGGCGCCACGUCGGCAGAACCAGCAGGCUGAAAGAGAGCUGCGUAGCACAGCCUGUAACUGUGUGUGAGGAGAAGUUAGAAAGCAGCAGAUUUUAAUGCGAUAAACCCGUGAAGAAGAAGAGCAGCAGGUUUCUCUCUCACACACACUCACACACACUCACACACACAUAUUCAUUUUGAGCUGGAGUUUGGUUCGGAGGCUGAAACAGAAGCUGCGCCUGUCUCAAGUUUCUCUGCCAGGUGUUUGUGGGAGAAGCACUGGGAACAAUGGUGAAGAAUGUGAACAGCGUUAACGUGGAGCCCCAGCCUGGGACCAGCGUGGCCCUGGACGACGCUGAACCCGCUGACAGCCAACCACCACCACCAGAGGAUUCCGGUAAGGACCACGUGGUGCCGACCCCCGGCAUGAUGUGGCGUGUGACCGGCGGCCUCUUCAACGUCACCAAGGGAGUCGUGGGCGCCGCGGUGGGCGGGGUGGCUUGGGUGGGCGGCAAGAGCCUGGAGAUCACCAAGGCAGCCGUGACCACGGUGCCCUCCUAUGGGGUGGGGCUGGUGAAGGGCGGGGUGUCUGCCGUGGCCGGCGGCGUCUCCUCGGUAGGCUCGACGGUCGCCAACAAAGUCCCGUUCACAGCCAAGAGGAAAGACAAGGCCGAGUGAUGAAGAUGAUGAUGAUGAUGAUGAUGAUGGACUUUCCCCGCCCUGAGCCAACAGAGAGAGACUGCCAGCUGAUCUCUGUCUGCCAAUCAAACUCCACAGUGCCUUCUGACGCCUUUCUCGGUCCUGAACAUGCAGAGAUCCAGACUUUGAUGCAACACUACAUUCAGCACCGACAAACCCCGUACUACGACGACAACAUGGCGACUUAGAAUUACCAGGAAAAUCACUGAAGGCGCUUCAUACAAAGCUCCUCAUCGCAGACAUUGUAUGUCUGGAAGUAAACAUCUGGCUCCAGGCAGAUCACGUGGACUUCAGCACGUGGUGGACGCGUUCAUGAAUAUUUGUAUUUGUUUACAAUCUGAGGCUGUCCUCUUUCUUCUCUUCACUCUUCUCCAAACUACACAUAUUUUGUGAUGUGUGUCUGAAUUAAGAUGCUGAUUUAUUUUGUCUUUUUCUUUUUUUUGCAAAGGUAUUGAAGUACUAUUGAAAUGUGUGUUGAUAAAAAUAAAAAGGUUUCAGCGCUUUGAAGCGAGGAAUGAGCAGCAUUCUUCAGUCUGCAGGCUGACCUCCUUUAAUCCUUGGGAUGAGCCCGGGGCGGUGUUUCACUCUGCAGCCUCGGAUCUGCAUGUAGCAACACUUCAUGAAAUGCAUGUCCGCAGACUGUAGACACAAUCGAGGACAUCAACACUGGGCUCAGGUUGUUUCCACAGAUAUUUUAUUGUUGAAAUGUUUGUUUUCUGUAUGUGUAUGUUGACUUUAUAGAAACAUUCUGCAGCAUUUGAUUCAUUAAUGUUUAUUUGAGAGAGUUCUCGUCGUUGUCUGAACUUCUCAGUCAGUGAAAGUUGAACUGGACCUUUAAUCAGAAGGUGAACACUGCUGUGGGGUGCGGGCAACAUUCGUGAACGUUUAUAUGCAAUAUCAGCAUUUCAAUGCAACGUGUGGAGUGAAUGGGAGCUGUUGCUGGUGGGACUACACGAUGUGAAUGUCUUGUAUGUGUUUGUUUUCCCAAUAUAUCAAUAAAGUAGUUUGGACGUUUAAAGCUG